CUUAUUUUGGGCGAUCAGGCACGGACAGGAACGGCAACAAACAAACAUCCUGGAUAUCUCCACCACCCGUACAGUUUCUCCUCUUCCAUCGACCCACCCACCCCUCCCAGAUCCCAAAUUCUUUCCGACUCUUUCCUUUGCUCUCGCCCCUUUCUUUAUUCCGCUAAAUUUUAUAUUUUUUCUCUCCUCCAGUUCGGCUUCCUUUCCCUGUCCCAGCGCCCAGCGGAUUCCCUCGUACCCACCCGCUUUUGCUCUGAUCUCCUCCUUCCGUUCCUCUCGCUUUAGUUUAUAACCAGUAUUCGGUCGGGGAGUUUUCUGGGGACCCUUCGUUGAUGGGCGGUUCGAACAUCACCGGCUUUUCCGCGUCUUUUUCUACCCCAGCUUCCACUCGUGCCCCCAAAAUUCUAUCUUUCUUCGGCUAUUGUUGCUUUUCUUGCUCCAAUUUCAUCUCCGUGAUGUCGGAAAAAUCCAAUUUUUAGCUUCGAGGCGUGCCGUCGACCGUUGCCUCUCCUUUAUUGAAUUAAAGAGAGUUUUGUUAAUGGGAUGUCUGCAGCUGCUCUUUUCGGAUGCAUUUAGUUCGCAAGUUAUUGGAUGUUGAAGGUUAGAGCUUUAUGAAUUCUUGAAGUUUUUUAAGUCCCUUUGAACUGUAGCUUUGAAGUGUAGCUUCUUCUAAUUUCUUUAUAAAGAAGGCUCAUAAAUUUUAGAAACUCCUCCUGGUUGGAUUGUGGUGAGGUGUUCCAAGAUCUGAUUUUUUUUGAGUUUGCAAUAUAAUUUCGGUUAGAUUUGAUUGAAAUUAAGAGUGCUGAGGUGCUGUUUGAUUUGGACCGAAGUCGAAUACAUCCUACUCCAUAAAAGAUCAAAUUUGGUGAUUAUUGUUGGAAGUUUUGGAUGUUUAGGCAAGUAUCUACUCUUGUAAAAUUUGAAGAGGCGAAGGUGAAGCAAUGAGGUUUCUUAGAUUUACUCCAUGGAUCGGGAUUGCAGCAUUUGUCAUUGGUGCAUUGGUUUUACGAGUUUUCUCUCAUUCUUUUCUCCACGGAGGAAUUUGGGCUGUGGACGAAGGAUUCGAACCUGUGGCCGUGUCAAGGGGUCCUGGUGAUCCUCCAGUUUUUGCUUAUUGGAUAUCGGGAACUAGUGGUGAAAGUGAGAAGAUUUUAAGGCUCUUGAAGGCAGUUUACCACCCAAGGAACCGCUACCUUUUGCACCUUGAUGCUGAUUCCACUGCUGCUGAGAGGAGAAAACUGGCACGCUCCAUUCAAUCUAAUCAAAUUUUCAAAGCUUUUGCAAAUGUUGAUGUUGUGGGAAAAACUUAUGCCAUCGAUCGGACUGGUUCAUCAGUACUUGCUGCCACCCUCCAUGGAGCUGCAGUUCUGCUCCGGAUCCACUCAGACUGGGAUUGGUUUAUUAACUUGAGUGCUUCGGACUAUCCAGUUGUAAGUCAAGAUGAUCUUCUUCAUGCUUUCACUUCUUUGCCAAGAGAUCUGAACUUCAUCGAUCACACAAGUGACCUUGGAUGGAAAGAGACUGAGAGGUUUGAUAAAAUAAUCGUGGACCCAAGUCUCCAUAUGGACAGAAAUACACAAUCCUUCUUCGCUUUAGAAACACGAACAACACCUGAUGCCUUUAAAUUAUUCACAGGUUCUCCAUGGUUGAUUCUCAGUAGAUCCUUUGUGGAGUACUGUGUGCAUAGCUGGGAUAACCUCCCCAGGAAACUUCUCAUGUACUUUGCCAAUGUCGCCUACUCAACGGAAUCCUACUUCCAAACAGUGAUCUGCAAUAGCCCUGAGUUCCGAAACACCACUGUCAACAAUGAUCUAAGAUACUUUGUUUGGGAUGAUCCACCAGGAUUGGACCCUAUCUUUCUGAACCAAUCACAAUAUAAGGAGAUGAUAAAAAGCGGAGCAGCUUUUGCGCGGCGGUUCAUGGAGGAUGACAAAGUGCUUAAAAAGGUGGACAAAAAGAUACUAAGGCGCUCAUCAGAUGGAGUGGGUGUUGGAAACUGGUGUCUAGGCCAGCUCAACGGUCGGAAAGAGAAGGAUUUGGAGGAGGAUCCCUGCUCAAACUGGGGUGAUGUCAAUGUCGUGACACCAGGAUCAUCAGGAAAGUGGCUCAGAAGUUUGUUGUCAGAUCUCAUUUCAGAUGAGAGGUUGCAUUCGAGCAGGUGCAAGUUUAUGUGAUGUGAUCUGGCCAUGGAUUGCGAUUGCCUUCGAAAUUAAGUCAGAGUCAUCCCAUUUUAUCGGCCAUUCAGCAGGUACAGUGGAACCAAAGGCCAGCAACAUUAGUUAUACAGCUGCCGACAAUUCACUCUGAGGGUGAGAUUUAGGUGAUUUCACUUUCAUUUAGAGAAGUAACAUUUAGAGGCCUUUCAAUCAGCAGGUAGUAGGAGUAGAUCCAUUAGUAAUUUGACAAAGGGUGGGUAUAGAAGAUUCCAUUUUCUCUUGUAGCAUGUGAUACGUUUACAAGUAUAAAGUAUAACGAAAUCUUGAGAUGAUCAAAUAUAUUUUCAGACUUGGAUUGCGCAGUGGUCAAAGAGUUAACC